AUGAACAGACUAAGUAAAUCGACAGGAGCAAUAGCUGCCUACUGUAAACAUACUCAGCAAACAGUAUUUGCCAAUAAAGCAUUCUCCUAUACCAUUUAUCGUCGUGCUUCAGCAUUCUCAGCACCUCAGACAUUGAACGGCUGGGCCUGCUAUGGAAAAGGACAGCCUUUAGUGAAAGCUGAAUUUCCGCUAACGCAAUUCGAUGAUGACUCGGUAGACAUGGAUAUCAUCUGCUGCGGCAUUUGUGGAACUGACAUUCAUACAAUUGAUUCUGGAUGGGGACCAACGCAUUACCCCACAGUCGUGGGACAUGAAAUUAUUGGGCGUGUUAAACGGGUCGGUAAAAAUGUCAAACAUCUUAAGGUAGGCGAUAGGGCUGGCGUUGGCUGUCAAUGCGAUGCCUGUCAUCAAUGCGGAAAUUGCCAAAACCACAAGGAGAAUUUAUGCGAGGAUCAUGCUACUUGGACAUUCAAUGACCGAUGGAAGAAUGGUGAUGUUACCUAUGGUGGUUUCGCAGAUCGAUGGAGAGGUCGUAAAGAGUUUGUGUUCAAGAUACCAGAUGCUUUGUCAAGUAUAGAUGCAUCCUCUAUACUAUGUGGAGGUGUCACAACGUAUGCACCAUUAAAGCGAUAUGGCGUAGGUAAAGGAAGCAAACUUGCUGUUCUGGGACUGGGCGGUCUUGGUCAUUUUGGCGUUCAAUGGGCCAAAAAGAUGGGGGCAGAAGUUGUAGCUUAUGAUAUCAAUGAAGAUAAGAAACAAGAUGCUAAAGAUUUAGGAUGUGAUGACUAUGUCCUUAUUAACCAACCCGACCAAGUACAACGACAUAUGAACACAUUUACACAUAUCCUUGCUACAAAGGUCUUAAAUAAACAAUGGAGCCAAUAUUUUGAAAUGUUGAAGAAAAGUGGCACCUUCAUUCUUUGCGAUAUACCUGAAGAGCCUUUGUCUGGAUUGAGUGCUCUUACAAUGGCAUCAAAACAAAUCAACGUCGCAGGAUCUUUCAUAGGCUCACCAGAUGACAUUAGAGAAGCACUUGCUUUUGCUGCAAAGCACGGUGUUCGUACGUGGGCAAAGGAGUUUCGCAUGGAUCAAGUGAAUGAAGCUAUUAAGUUUGUUCGAGAAGGACAGCCAAGAUAUAGGGCAGUUCUUGUCAAUUAA